AUGGCAUGGAGUAAUCAGUCAAUCGUGACUGAAUUCAUACUACAAGGUCUAUCUGGCUCUUCAGAACUACAAAUCUUCUAUUUCCUGUUUGUCUUCCUAGUCUAUGUGGCUACUGUGCUAGGGAACCUCUUUAUCAUGCUCACAGUCAUAUUAGAGCCACAGCUUCAUUCACCCAUGUAUUUUCUGCUGGGUAAUCUCUCCUUCAUUGACAUGUCCCUAGCCUCAUUUGCCACCCCCAAAAUGAUUGCAGACUUUCUCAGUGAACACAAAGUUAUCUCUUUUGAAGGCUGCAUAACCCAGAUAUUCUUUCUACAUCUCUUAGGAGGGGCUGAGAUGGUCCUGCUGAUUUCCAUGUCCUUCGACAGGUAUGUGGCUAUCUGUAAGCCUUUACACUACUUAACCAUCACGAGCAAGCAAAUGUGCAUUUAGCUGGAAAUACUUUCCUGGAUUGUGGGCAUCUUCCAUUCAUUGAGUCAGUUAGCAUUUACUGUGAAUCUGCCUUUCUGUGGACCCAGUGAAGUACAUAGCUUCUUUUGUGACCUCCCUUUGGUGAUUAAACUUGCCUGUGUAGACACAUAUAUUCUAGCAGUGUUCAUGAUCUCCACCAGUGGUAUGAUUGCCCUGGUGUGUAUCAUCCUUUUGGUGAUUUCCUACACUGUCAUCCUGGUCACUGUUCGGCAGUAUUCCUCUCGUGGGUCUUCUAGAGCCCUUUCCACUUGCAGUGCCCACUUCACUGUUGUAACUCUAUUCUUUGGCCCCUGCAUUUUCAUUUAUGUGUAGCCUUUCACAAACUUCUCAAUAGAAAAGGUACUUUCUACAUUUUAUACUAUAUUUACUCCCCUGUUGAACCCAGUGAUCUAUACUUUUAGAAAUAAAGAUGUCAAGGUUUCUCUGAGGAAACUUAGCAGCCAUAUGUUUAAAUCUAUGAAAAUUGAUUGUCUUUCUUAA